AUGGCUUACGACGUGCCCCAAGCCGGCUCGCUGAAACGCAAGAGGAGAAGGAGGGAGGACAAGCCGGCCAUCUCGGCGCGACUCUUCCUCGACAGCAGUCUGAGGGGCGAGCUGGGUGUCUUGUCGAGUGACCUGCUCAGCGAUCUGUUUCCGGGAGAAGAUCUCGUCGCCGAAGACGGGGAGGGGAGAACUUUGCACGCCGCUGUGACACCCUGGACUCCCCAUCCCUCUGCCACUGAGUCAACCUGGGCUGUCCUGCCUUUCCGCGGCCAACUCGCCAACGAGAAGCCUCUACCUGCGUCCACCAUUCGAUUUCCUGCCUCAGCGUUAGGUACGCAGAGCUUCGUGAGGAUUGUGCAAGCUCUGUCGCCCACCAAGACUCUUCGACAAAACACUUCUGUGGAGAUCCGCAUCAGCGAUGUCAUUCCCUUGCCUUUGGACACCGUCUUCGUAUCAGUCGAUACAGAGGCUCUGCAAAAGCUGGACGAUGUGCACAAGAGGUACGGCGGUGGCUUCGGAGGAUCUUCAGCCCAGAUAGCUCCGAGGGGCGUGAAGAGGGCCGUCGCCGUCACAGACAAUCAAGAGGAGGGAGCUGGGCUGGGUGAUGGAGACGGAAAGACCAAGGCAUUGGUCAAAGAGGCCUUGAGCAACAUCCACGUGGUGCAUACCGAGGACUUCUUGCCGCUGCCAAUUGCACAUCCCGUGACGCAUACACCAGCACCACCCGCUCGCAUCCUGGCCUGUGAACCCGUAUCGCAGGGAAGCAUUGCUCCAACCACGAAUAUUGUCAUCGUCCCUUCAUCAGAGAAGCGAUCUCAUGCCCAUGGGAAUAGGGGUCUCCUGUCUCCGCGGCUGGAGGAGGAGUCGGGAGAGGAGGACACAGCAAAUGAGGUUUUCUACUCGGCAACGGAGGAGAACUCACCCGCUCAACCCAUCGUGGUCUCCAAGUCCGCUACCGACAUGUCCAAUUCUGAUGAUCUGUUCGAUUCGAGUGCCGAGGAGAGCAACCUUUCUGACGACUCGGACGACAUGAUAUCUCUCGCGAAGCCUGGGCUUGCCGAUGCUCCCUCUGGAUUGGGCUCUGCCCUCACUUCGGCCACACCCCGGCCAUUUGGAAGCCGCACCCAAGGUGUGAGUACGCCAGGAUCUGUCUUCUCCAAUGUCACUUCAACCACAAUCCGUGGUGGUCAAGCCACACGCAGCAAGGUCUUCCGUGCUCAGGGUCUCGUCGAGCGCAUUUCAUCAGAGCUUCUGCAUCCAAAGCCUCCACCGUACGAAGAUGAAGAGGCCAGAGUGUACGUCGAUCCACAGGCUUUGGCGCGUCUUGGCUGCUUUUCGGGCGACUGGGUCAGGAUCGAAGCUGCCGAGAGCCAUUUCUUACCGCAAUUAAGCGCAUUCAGUGCUCUCGAUGCAUCGUUUGCUCAGCAGUGGCGCCCCGUGAAGGUCUACACACUCCCAGAGAGCAUGUCGAAGCGUCCACAGCGCUACCAAUUCAACAACAGACAUGGCCGACGAGACAGCAUAUCUUCCCUGGUCACCAACUCGAGCGCGACGGCCACGAUGUACCUUUCGCCGAUCCUGCAUGCGAACCUUCAAGAGCCUACUAACAUCAGCAUGUCCUGCAUACCGUCACAGAAACGGGCGAACUUGAAGCGCCCUCUGACGCCAAGACCUGCAUCCGUAGCAUGCCUGCCUCCGACAGCCUCCGAGGUCACGUUGAGGAAGGUUGUCACCCCAAUCUCGACGGAGCGAUCCCUCAACAAUACGCUCUUCGCAAAACUCAAACAAUACUUUGAGGAGAAGCAACGAAUCCUGAAGCCUGGUGAUCUCAUCGCGGUGCAAGUCGACGAGUCUCUUGGUCGAUCAAUAUACGAGGGCGAAGCUGAACAAGACGGCAGCAGCGCCUCGGCUUUGCUAUGCCACAACUUUGACAACUCGGACGGAAACGAUGAUCAUACGAACAGGAACGUUGCAUGGUUCUCGAUUGAGGAUAUAAAUGUACCGGCACCCGAGGAUCUCAACGGAGCAGAUGCUGAGCUCUGGGGAGAUGUCGCGUGCAUAGAUCCAAGCAAAAUCCAAAUGCGCCAGUCAGGAGAUGACAGGCGUAAGCUCCCCUCCGCCACUACCAACACUUGGCAGUACUAUUUGGGCGUCUCGAAGAUGCAGCCAAAGGCAGGUGCAGGUCAAGGCACUGCGGGAGUGCCAGGAGCUGUUCCGCCAUAUGUCUCGCCAUUGCAGCGUAGGUUGAGGGAAUUGAUAUCUGUGUCCGUUAGCCCGAGGGCAGUCCAUCUCGGAAUGCCACCGUUGACCGUCCUCGUUCACUCGACCCAGCGUAACAUCGGCAAGGCACGAACAAUCCAUCGAGCUUGCGCUGAUCUUGGUGUCCAUUUCUUCCCCAUUGACGCCCACGACAUAUCAUCUGAAGGCGGGGCGGGCGUCGAUGUGCAGGCGCAAGGUCUCCUCGAAGCGCGCUGUGAGCGAGCAUUGGAUUGCGGGGCUGAGAACACAGUGAUAUGCAUCAAGCACCUCGAAGUCUUGGGCGAAGAUCGAGCAGCCUCGUCUUUGAAGGACGUCUUGGAAACCGCGAGAGUGCUCAUUGCAACAACCACAGACAUUGACAAAGUCUCCGACACUGUUCGUGGGCUUUUCACUCAUGAACUCGAGAUGACAGCACCUGACGAAGGCGAGAGAGAAGGUAUCCUUCGCGAUGUGGUCACCGGGUCCGGAACACCACUGUCGGUCGACGUGGAUCUGGCCUCAAUCGCAGUCAAGACUGCUGCACUUGUUGCAGGUGACCUCGUUGAUGUGGUUGAUCGUGCCAUCGUAGCCAAAGCUGAGCGCCUGGAAACACUAGCUCGCUCCAAAGCGGAAAUUGCCAAAAGAGCGAUCAACAUCAAGGACAUCCAGCUCUCCGGCGGUGCUGCUGCAACAUCAGUCAUUCCACUUGAUUUCGACUCUGCUGUCGACCUCGCUCGCAAGAACUUUGCAGAUGCCAUUGGCGCGCCAAAGAUCCCCAAUGUGCAAUGGUCGGACGUAGGAGGCCUGACAAACGUGAAAGACGCAGUCAUCGAAACCAUCCAACUGCCCCUCUCUCGGCCGGAGCUCUUUGCCAAAGGCUUGAAGAAACGAAGUGGAAUCCUCUUCUACGGACCUCCGGGUACUGGUAAAACUCUGUUGGCAAAGGCGAUCGCGACGGAGUUCAGCCUCAAUUUCUUCUCAGUCAAAGGGCCCGAGCUCCUUAACAUGUAUAUUGGUGAGUCUGAAGCUAAUGUUCGACGAGUAUUCCAGCGUGCUCGAGACGCUCGGCCUUGCGUCGUCUUCUUCGAUGAACUGGAUUCGGUUGCGCCCAAGCGUGGCAACCAAGGCGACAGCGGCGGUGUCAUGGACCGAAUCGUAUCUCAAUUGCUCGCUGAACUGGACGGUAUGAGUGAUGGAGAGGAGAGUGGCGGCGGUGUUUUCGUCAUCGGAGCUACGAAUCGACCGGACCUGCUCGAUCAGGCUCUGCUGCGACCUGGCAGGUUCGAUAAGAUGCUCUACCUCGGCAUCAGCGAUACUCACGAGAAGCAAGCUACUAUUCUCCAAGCACUGACAAGGAAGUGAGUAUAACGAAGACUUGAUCCGAAUGGCAAUGGCUGACUCUUCAAUAGAUUCACACUCGAUCCAUCGGUAUCGCUUGCUCGCGUCUCCGAGACGCUUCCAUUCACCUUUACAGGUGCCGAUCUGUAUGCUCUGUGCUCUGAUGCCAUGCUCAAGGCUGUCACACGGUCUGCACGUUCGGUAGACCAGCGUGUUGCGGCCAUCAAUUCGGAGCGCGCCAUUCGUGGGCAGAGCAAGAUCUCGGUGGCCUACUAUUUCGAUCACUACAGCACGGAGGCGGACACUCAAGUUCUCGUCACCGAGGACGAUUUCAUUCGUGCCAAGUCAGAAUUGGUCCCUAGUGUCAGCGUGGACGAGCUUGGUCACUAUGAACGAGUUCGCAGCACUUUCGAGGGCGCGGCAACGACCAGCGAAAAUUCCCAGGACAUCGACAGUGUGGAUGACGCCGGUCGCUCGAGCCAAAACGGUCCCAGCAACGCUCGUAGUAGGGCGACUGAAGCUAUGAGACGUGCCAGCAAGAACAAGCUACCUACCACGAACGGCGGGCCCGGUCAUGCUGUCCACGUCCACAGACCAGUAAUGACGCCUGGCGCUCAUGAUGGCAACGCCAACGCCAACGACGACGAUGACGACUAUGUCAUCCGGACUGACCGGAUGUCAUUGACUGAUGGGACCGCGCGGUUAAGUCCUAGUAAAGGGAAGGGGAAGGGUAAGAGCCGUGAGGUGCCUGAGCAGGCAAUUCUCCCGGAUGGAAUGAACAACCAUGCAGCGGACAAGGAUCUGUACGAUUGA